AUGGCAGCCCCCAUCCUGGGGCUCCUACUGCUGGCUCUGCCCUUGGGGGCCUGGCCUGGUCUGCGGCUGUCCAGGAGGCCAUGUGUCCACUGUUGUCACCCUGCGUGGCCCCCAGCCACCUCCCCGUACUCCCAUGCCUGGAGGAGAGGGGCUGAGCCAGGACCUUUGCCCAGAGUGAGACCCACCAUCGACAUCACCAUCCUCAAAGGCGAGAAGGGUGAGCCGGGUGCCCGAGGCCGCUCCGGGCCCAGGGGGCAGGAGGGCCUGCCCGGCCUCCAGGGCUUCCAGGGCCACAAGGGCCAGAAGGGAGUAGCUGGGCAGCCUGGGACCCAGUGCCAACACGCUUACGCAGCCUUCUCCGUGGGCCGCCGGGAGGGCCUGCAGAGCGGGGACCGGGCGCAGGCCGUGGCCUUCGACACGGAGCUGGUGAACCUGGGACGAGCCUUUGACCUGGAGGCUGGCCUCUUCCUGUGCGAGGAGCCGGGCAUCUACUUCCUGAGCCUCACGGUGCACACCCCGGACAAGGAGCUGUAG